CGCCUCCUACAGGGCAGUGUUGGAGAAGCCAUGAGCAAACAUGGCAGCUGCUGUCAGGACGAGGACGUGGAAACGUCCGGGAUCAGGAGUUUUUUCCCAGCGGAUGGUGUUUUUUGCAGUUUUACUCGGCAGCGUACAUGAAACCGUGGCCGCACCGGAAACAGGGCUGUGGAAAAUCACGGUUGUAAAUGGCUCCAGACCGCUUAUAUUAAAGAAAGCCAUGUAUAAAGACACGGAUGUCGUACUUAAAGUUGUGUCUUGUAGUUGUACCAUGAAGGUGAAUUUCACAAUCCACUGGUUCUUAAAGUAUCACCCCUGUUAUAAUGAAUAUAACAAUAUAGAAGAGAUGUACGAAAGGACGCCGCUGAGCCGAGGGGGGAGCCUGGACCCUAAACCAAACGCACCGGGCGAGUACAUAGAACAUAAACACCAUCCAAUUCCUUGUAAAAGCGACCUGCUCUCUUUACCAGGGCUCCAUAAAACCAAGGCAACCCCACGGACAGUCGUUUCACCUGACGGGAGUGAAGGGCUUAAAAAAAGCGACCCUGACUGGAUUUCAGCUGAGUACGACGCCAAAAGCGCCAGAGAGAACGUCAUAGCCACCACAUGGAAGGACGGGCCGUACCUGCUGAUCGUUAAGGUCACGUCUGAUGCAAAGGAGCUCAACUGGAAUUUAACAGUUGAUGUGGUGAUGAAAGGCAGCCACGGCUACAUUUCUAUCACAGAGUGGCCGCUAAUGAUCUUCUACAUGGUAAUGUGCGUCGUGUACAUCCUGUACGCCUUGCUGUGGUUCGUCUGGGCCGCCUGCUACUGGAAAGAUCUGCUGAGGAUCCAGUUCUGGAUAGCAGGAGUCAUUUUCCUCGGCAUGGUGGAGAAGGCGGUCUUCUGCGCCGAGUAUGAAAACACCAAUGCUGUCGGCUCUGCCACUCCAGGCUUGUUGAUCUUCGCUGAGUUGGUCUCGGCUCUCAAGAGGACGUUGUCCCGACUGCUCGUCAUCAUCGUCAGCCUGGGCUAUGGCAUUAUAAAGCCACGGCUGGGAGCCGUGAUGCACAGAGUGGUGGGGCUCGGCAUCCUCUACUUUGCCUUUGCGUGCGUUGAAGGUGUGCUGAGGAUUACAGGAGGUCAAGACAAUGGCCCCGCUCUCAUUACAGCAAUUGUUCUGGCGGUGUUUGAUUCCUGCACCAUCUGGUUCAUCUUUGUCAGCUUAGCCCAAACCAUCAAGACUCUGAAGCUGAGGAGAAACCCUGUGAAGCUGUCUCUCUACAGGCACUUUACAAACACGCUGAUAUUUGCCGUCAUUGCCUCAGUCAUCUUUAUGGCUUGGUCUGCUAAGAAGCUACACUUAGCAGAUUGCCAGUCUGACUGGAUCGAGGUUUGGGUGGAGGAUGCUUUCUGGAGAUUCUUGUUCUCCUUUGUUCUGCUCGUCAUAAUGUUUUUAUGGCGGCCGUCGGCGAACAACCAAAGGUAUGCCUUCACACCCCUCAUUGAUGACUCUGAUGAUGAGGAGAUAGAGGAGUUCAUCGCGUCUUCAAACAUCGCGGAUGGCAUAAAGUUGAGGGCAGAUAAAAGUGAGACAAAUGGCACAGCAAAGCAUCCAGAAACAAACCCAGAUGAAGACUUGAAAUGGGUGGAGGACAACAUUCCUAGCUCUCUUACUGAUGUAGCCCUUCCAGUCCUGCUCGACUCAGAUGAGGAAAUCAUGACGACAAAGUAUGAGAUGUCAAAGCUGGAGUGAUGCAGAAGACUUCCAGCUGAUGGAGAAACGCAGCAGCUGCUCCCUGACACUGAAGCAGAGUUCUCUGAUGGACGGUGGUGGAGUGCCAUUAUUUUCUUGUUUUCAGGGCGUCCUCCUGAGUAGCUGCUACCUCACAGGGUAGCGCAGGCAACACAGUCUCUGGCGGGACGUGUUGCUGUUUUCCUUUUGUUCCUCCUUACACUGUCUAUUGGAAAUAAACGUUUCUUGUCUCUUUUUUUUAAUUAUAGACCAAGAGAUUCACUUUUUCUGACACUGAAUCAGUUCUGAGCUUUCCAAAGAGAGUGUUUCCUUUUAUAUCGACUUAUAUUUAUUCCUGCCUCACUCUAUAAAUUUAUUUUACUGGAGUGGGCCUCAUGCAUAAGCAUACUCUUUGAUUUAUGGAUGUUAGGAUUUAAAAGGUAAAUAUUUGAAAGCCUUUUUAUUCAUUUGAUAAGUUUUUUUUUUUUUAAAUAUUUAUGGAAGUUAAUUUAUCGGCCACAAGACAGACUUUAACUACACCGUAUUCAAUGUUUUAACACCAAUUAAGGAUUUUUUGGUUUAUGUGUAAUCUUGCCGGUGUUUGUGGAAGUCGGGGGGAAUCGGUUUUGCAUACAUCAGGAGCGUCUUGUUUUUAUCAGAUUUAAAAUCCGAGCUAUGGAAACAGCGUAAAGCGCAACAGCGCGGUAAUUUUGCAUAAAUCAGUUGCUCAUAUGCACUUUCAGGAUCAAAGCUGUGCCUACAUGUCCGCCUUUUAUCCGCGAGGCCUCAUUUUAGUGGCUGUCUGGAGAGCAACAUGAGUGAAAGUAUUUUUUUUGUGUGUGUGUGUGUCUGACCCAGCAUCCCUUGGGGUUGGUUAACAAGACUUUAAGGAUUUGUAUAGAUUUAUUAGUAGCUGGGUUAGUUAUAGGGUUAGUUUGUCGUCACAUUUAGAAACUACUGUGGGGGAGCGGGUGGGAUAAUGGAACAAUAUGCCGUAGGUCUGUUGAUAGAAAGUUCAGUGACGUCAUUAUUUAUUUGCGUUUCAGGUGAACUUAUACGUCUAAUGGUUGUGUGUUGACCCAUGUUUACUGUAAAGCGUAUUUAUGACGUGUUCUUCCGUUUGUCGAGGUCUUUUGGACUCUGCACUAUCCUAAAAUAUUGGCAACCUGCAGAUUGUUUUCUUUGCAAUGUUUGUGUUCUUCACUGAUAAAACGCUCACAGAAACCUUAGUAACAUCCGUGUCCUUUCAGUCUUGAUCUUUUUUUAUAAAAAAAAAUUCUGAAAGGAGCGGCCUGCCGCACUCCUGCGAGUCGUCUAAAGUAAAUCCAGCAGCUGAGCUCGUUCGGUUUGUCUUGGCGACGUCAUCACACAUUAUGAGCAGUGUGGUUAGCACAGGCUGACUACUUGAAUGGGUUUAUAAUGUCCUCCUUGCAUAUAUUUUGCAUUGGUUGGAAACCUGGAAAUAUUUUUGCUUUUGAUGGCAAACCGCUCCGUGAUAUAAAAUUGCAGACACCUGCAGCCUAACCUCAAAUUAUUUGUACAGGUGGGUUUCGGCUCAGUUCAGCUUUUUCAUAACUCCACGAGGGAGAAGUGUUUGGAGAAAAUGACUCAUCUAUAAUUUUUUUUGUCUUUUUUUUUCUUUCUGAAAUUGACCUAAAGUAUUGCAGUUGAACCUUGCGAUAAUGAGGAAUUCCUUUUUUUUCCACAAACUGUACGACACACUAAAUAAAUACUAUUUGACACCAG